AUGGAGUCUCUUACCGAAAGCACGAAUGGUGCAAACAAAAACUUCCCCACCACCAAUGGCGUCGUGGGAGAAUCCAAGUUCACCCCCAUUGCCAUAUGUGGAAUGGCUUGCCGUCUACCAGGGAAAAUACACUGCCCACAGGAUUUGUGGGAGUUUCUGAUGGCCAAGGGCGAUGCAAGAACACUCGUUCCCGAUACCAGAUACAAGAUUUCGAGUUACUACUCCCCAACCAAAAAGCCCGGUGCUGCUGUCAGUCAAUACGGUUAUUUCCUGGAUGAAAGCGUGGAUCUAGGUGCGCUCGAUACUUCGUUCUUUUCCAUGGCGCAGGGAGAUGUUGAGCGGCUCGACCCACAGCAAAGGAUCUUACUUGAAGUGUCUCGGGAGUGCAUUAUUGACGCAGGAGAUAUCCGCGAGAAAGGGAACAAUGUGGGUGUUUAUGUGGGAAGUUUUGGCAAUGAUUGGUACGAUGUCACUCAGCGAGAAACGCAGAGAUAUGGUUCAUAUCAAGUGGCUACCACGCAUGACUAUGCAUUGUCAAAUCGCAUUUCAUACGAAAUGAACUUACGAGGACCAAGGUAUGAGAUAUUGUUCUGAAAAACAACCCACCAUUGUGGUAUGUUCAACUAACGAAUCCAGUAUGACGAUUCGUACAGCAUGCUCAUCUAGUCUCGUGUGCCUCAACGAAGCCUGCAAUUCCAUUGCGAAAGGAGAAUGCACCUCUGCUAUAGUAGGCAGUACGAACAUUAUCAUGGCCCCCGCUCUUACUGCAGACAUAUCUGAGCAAGGCGCUCUCAGUCCUAAUGGCUCUUGCAAUACGUUCUCGUCGAAGGCGGAAGGUUACGUGCGAAGCGAGGGUGUCGUUGCGCUUUAUGUCAAGUCCCUACAGGAUGCUCUUCGAGAUGGCAACCCUAUCCGUGCUGUGAUCACCGGUACGGCUGCAAAUUCGGACGGUAAAUCUGCCGCAUUCUCCGUCCCAAGCGCGGAUGCCCAAGAAGAAUUGAUUCGACAUACAUACCGAAUUGCUGGUAUCGCGGACAUUUCCAAGACCGGUUUCUUUGAAUGUCAUGGAACUGGAACACCAGUUGGUGAUCCUAUCGAAGCUCAAGCAAUCGCCAGAGUCUUUGGGACGACCGGUGGUAUUCAUAUCGGAUCUAUCAAGCCAAAUUUGGGGCAUGGUGAGGGUGCUUCGGGUUUAACUGCAGUCAUUAAGGCUGUCUUAGCCCUCGAGCAUCGAACAAUUCCACCCAACAUCAAGUCCUUGCCGCGUAGUGAGAAAAUUCCCUUCGAAGAAGCUCAACUAACAGUUCCUACGGAGGCUACACCGUGGCCACAAGGACGUCAUGAACGAAUCAGUGUAAAUUCCUUUGGUGUCGGAGGUUCGAAUGCCCAUCUGAUCAUUGAUUCAGCCGCAAGUUUUGUUUUGCAUCCAGAUGGGAAUGCCAAAGCUGACGAAGCAGCCCCGAGUACAUCAGAAACUCUCAAUCCACCUCAAAUACUUGUAUACUCGGCCAAUAGCACACAAUCACUGAAGGACAUGACUGCACAAUACCGGAAAUACCUUGUGAACAUGCCUGAUGAUGUAUCUCUGUCAAACGUUGCAUAUACUCUUGCCAAUCGAAGAGAACAACUUCCGCUACGAACAUUCACCAUCAGCAGCAAAGACAACCCAGGGCUCCCUUCGCCAACACCCCCAACGUCUUCAAAAACGCCUGUGCUUGUGAUGCUAUUCACAGGACAGGGCGCACAGUGGCCUCAAAUGGCCCGUGAGCUGUUCGGGGCCAACCAAGUCUUUCGUGAUACUAUAAGAUCUCUUGACCAUCAUCUGCAAGAGCUUGGUCCUCUGUCCCCAACAUGGAGAAUUGAGAAAGAGCUUUUGAAAAUUCCCCGAAAAAGUCGCGUAAAUGAUGCCGAAUUUUCCCAGCCGCUGUGCACCGCACUGCAAAUUUCCCUUAUCGACACUCUCGCCUCACUGGGUAUCAAGCCCGCGGCGGUAGUAGGCCAUUCGAGUGGGGAAAUAGCCGCUGCUUAUGCUGCUGGUGGCCUAUCCGCAAAGGAGGCCAUUCUGGUGUCUUACCUUCGCGGAAUCGCUUCGAAAACCCCGACCAACUGCGGACCUGGAUGCAUGACUGCUGUUGGGCUGAGCUGGGCAGAGGCGGAACAUUUUCUCAUUCCUGGAGUCGUAAUAGCGUGCGACAAUUCGCCACGCAACGUGACGUUGUCUGGCGAUGCAGAAGAGAUGCAGGUUGUUGUCGCUGCUAUCAAGAAAGCAAUUCCCAGUGUCCUUGCAACUACCCUGAAAGUGGAUAAGGCAUACCAUUCCCAUCAUAUGGCAACGGUCGGUGGCACUUAUCACGGCGCGAUGACUGAGUCGGGGGUUGUGGGAAUGGUGGCCACCAUUCCCUUCUUCUCGAGUCUGACCGGGAAGCAGCUCGAUAACGAGGGCUCUGGAGCCAGCACUUUCAACCCCAAAUAUUGGCAAGAUAAUUUGGAAUCUCCCGUACUUUUCCACUCGGCGGUUUCCUGCAUCCUCGAGGCUCCAAUUCUGGCUGGGAGCAGCGCGGUCUUUCUCGAGAUCGGUCCUCACCCGGCACUUUCUGGUCCUUUGAGGCAAAUUCUGACCAGUAAAUUCAGCUCUGCCAUACAUAUUCCGACUCUUCUAAGGAGGCAAAACAGUUUGGAAGGAUUUCUCACGGCGAUUGGGAGACUCUGGGCUCUGAACAUUGACGUUGACUUUCGCGGCCUCUGGCCCCAGGGAUUAUGCGUCCCGAGUUUGCCACGCUACCCGUGGAAUCACCAACGACGAUAUUGGCUGGAGUCGCGGGUAUCGAGAGAAUGGCGAUUUAGCGAACAUCCGUACCACGAUCUCCUCGGCGUGAGAGUGCCAGAAGGUUCAGGCAUUGAGCCCGUUUGGCGUAACCUACUCCACCUGAGUAGCACACCAUGGCUCCGCGACCACCGAAUCCGCGGCGAUAUCGUGUAUCCUUUCGCCGCAUAUGUCGCCAUGGCCGCCGAAGGGGUUCGACAAAUCACGGGAGUGCAAGAAGGGGUCCAACUGCGGAGAGUGAUGGUGAGCACGGCCUUGGUGCUACGCGAAGGAGCACCUACCGAACUCGUCACCAACUUUCGGCGGCAUCGCUUGACCGACCUUCAGGAUAGCUCUUGGUGGGAGUUUACCGUUACUUGUCACAAUGGACAUGCCUGGACCAAGCACUGUUCGGGUCAAAUUUGCGCAUCGUCUCAAAGUAGCUUGGGAGACGCGAAGUGCUUCGAUAUCACCUCGAUGCCACACAAGGUUCACAUACCACAAUGGUAUGAGCGUGGGCGUCGCGGCGGUGCGGAAUAUGGCCCCCAUUUCACCGCAUUAGAGGAAAUGAGGACCAGUGUCAACGGGAGAGAAGGGUUGGGGAUGGCAACGACACGGAACAACUGGCAUGGCGACGAGGCCAAUUAUCACUUGCAUCCAGUCAUCUUAGACACCUAUUUGCAACUGGUAUGCUCAGCGGCACACCAUGGUAUGAGACCAGGCUACCAGCAGUUGAUUCCUGCCAGUAUCGAAUCGCUUUCCCUCGCUCGUAGCGCUGCCGAUGAGCUGAUGAUGCUCACCUCAUGUAAACCUUGGAAAAAUGGUGUCAUCGGCGCCGGAUCAUGCUCUGCCAAAUCCUCUUCCACGAUGAUUUUGGAAGCCUCCGGUGUCGUUGCGUAUCCCCUUGCCGAGAGCGACAUCGACGAAGGGGUCUCCAGCUUGACGACAUCCCGCGCGGAAUGGGUACCCCACGUGGACUUCCAGGACCCGGAGCAGCUCAUCAAGUCACCUCGCGAUGAUGAAGUGACCCAUCUCACGGAUUUGACUCUUCUUGCCCAGCUGGCCAUGUCUCUCUCCAAACGCGCGUUGUCAUCCGAGGAUGUGGCUAUAAAAGCCAGGCAUAUGCAUCUUUACAAAGCGUGGCUAGAUCAGGAAGCACCUUCAUCCCUCGAGAAUGUCGAUACUGCUGAGCUAACCAAUCGUAUCAACGACUUGGUUUCCGUCCUAUUAAAGACACAUGUUGCACCUGCUGCUGUGGCGAUCCUUCAAGUUCAAAGCAACGUCGCUUCAAUCGCAGCAGGUGGGUUGGCUGGCGUAGACGUCUUAACGACGAAUGGUAUCCUCGAAGACUUUCAGACACUGAUAAACGAGUAUGAUGCAGCUGCCUUCUUCCGGUCGCUCGCGUAUACCAAACCAAACCUUCGGAUUCUCGAGCUGGGCGUUGGUCGUAAUGCUAUGACAGCCGAGCUUUGGAAAGAUAUGACGCAUCCCUCCGGACAAGCUCUCUAUUCCAAAUACGUUUACACUAAUGCAAGCCCAUCCAUACUCACCGCACUAAAGCAGCGUUUUAAGGAAGUUCCCAAUAUGCAUUUCCAUACUCUUGAUAUCAGAAAUGACCCUCUCGACCAAGAAUUCCAAGAAACAGAUUUCGACUUGAUCAUCGCCAGUGAUGUAUUUAAUACCGUCCCAAGUCUGAGCCGUAGCUUGGGCUACGUGCGUAAACUGCUUGCGGAAAACGGGAGAUUGCUUAUUCAGGAGGCCCGAGAGGGCUUAUUAUGGACAAAGUAUGUGUUGGGAACAUUACCUAUCUGGUGGUGCGGAAUGGGAGACAACAGACCCGACGAACCUUAUGUUUCAAUAGCCAGAUGGGAGCAGGAGCUUGCCGCAGCCAAACUACAGAACCUCAAAGUGGCCACCCGAAAUUCACCGUAUACUUCCCCCUUGACCACCGUGGUAGUUGCAAAGCCUCAGCCAGAGCGAAUCUUGUCCAAAAUGAUAACACUUCUAUGCAAUUCCAACGAAAGCAAGCGAGGGGCUCUCAUCGCCAGCGAACUAGAAGCGCAGGGAUUUCAGGUCUCGCGAUGCACACUGGACAAUGUGCCAUCUGAGGGGCAAGAUACACUUGUAAUUUUGGACGAGGACCAAUCCUAUUUUGAUAACAUGUCAACGAUCGCUUUUGAACGAUUGAAAAGAUUCGUAUGUGCUCUCAGCAACACCACAGGGAUCUUAUGGGUUACCAAGCCAGUACAGACACAUUGUCCAGACCCAAAAUAUGCCCCAGUCAUUGGGUUCGCUCGAACAAUUCGCUCUGAAUUGGCCAUUGACUUCGCCACUUGUGAAACUAACGAUCUAGAUUCCGUGACUGGACUUCACUCUCUCAUCGACGUGUUCUGCAAAUUCCGGGAGCGAGGUGAGGUGCAACCAUCACCGGACUUCGAGUAUGUCAUCACAGAAAGGAUGAUCCGAGUCAACCGCAUCUUUCCAUUCUCGCUGAAUGACGAAGCUCCGGUACCUGCACCAUCUUGUGAAGGCGUCCUAAGAAUGGGACGACCAGGAAGGUUGGAUUCUCUUCAUUGGGCUGCACAACCGACCGUCGAUCCGAGAGAAGACCAAGUGGAGGUAGCCAUAUAUGCGGUAGGACUCAAUUUCAAGGAUGUCUUACUCGCUACUGGCAUUAUUGAACUCAACGGUGUUGAAAUGGCUUUUGGAAGCGAAGCUGCCGGUGUGGUGCUGCGUGUUGGUCCCCAGGUGCACAACUUGGCGAUUGGUGAUCGGGUCGUCAUUCUCUCACCCAACACAUUUUGCUCCUUGAUCACGAUUACGGAAAAGUUGUGCGAGAAGCUACCGGAUGAGAUCAGCUUUGAAGACGGCGUCUCGAUGCCGCUUGUCUUUGCUACGGCCAUUCAUUCUCUCAUCGAGGUGGCACAUCUGGAGCCAGGUCAGGUAAGAGUCCCGCAUGAAUUCCUCAUUGACGAGUACUCGUACGUAUACCCUCAAACUAAUGUACGUGUGUGAUGAUAGUCGGUUCUCAUCCACAGCGGCUGUGGCGGUGUUGGCCAUGCGGCCAUCCAGGUGGCACGCAUGCUUGGAGCGGAGAUAUACACGACUGUCAGCACCGAGCAGAAGGCGGAUUACUUGGUGAAACGAUUUGACAUUCCACGGAGCAACAUCUUUCAGUCCCGCGAUACGUCGUUUGUGGGUGACCUCAUGCGGCAAACCAGCACAAGAGGGGUGGAUGUCGCCCUCAACUCCCUCUCCGGGGAACUUUUGCAUGCCACAUGGCAUUGCCUGGCGAAGUACGGACGGAUGGUGGAAAUCGGCAAGCGGGACUUGGUGGAAUUUGGGAAGCUGGAUAUGGACGUCUUUCUCGCGAAUCGCAGCUACUGUUGCGUUGCGCUGGAUCAACUGUCGCUGGAUAAGCCGGAAGCCACGCGCCGUUUGCUCCAAACCAUGAUGAAGUACUGCCAGCAAGGUUUGGUGGCACCCGUUCCUCUCGCCCAAGUCUUCAGCGCAUCGGCCAUUCAAGAGGCCUUCCAGUACAUGCAAAAGGGGAACCACAUUGGCAAGAUCAUCAUCUCGGUCCGCGAGCGCGACGGCCGACCGAAGAUGGGGAUGUGCACCGACACCGGCGCGAUUCAUCCCAAUCUCCGACCGGCUCCGAUUCCAAGCCCGAGAGCCGGGAGACAUCAAAGCCCGGCCGCCUCCUCCGCGGGUCACGUGCACGCAAUGGCAUCGUACCUGAUCGUGGGUGGCCUAGGCGGCCUGGGUCGCUCCAUUGCGACGUGGAUGGUGCAGCAUGGGGCCAGGAGGCUCAUCUUCUUGUCGCGCAGUGCGGGAAGUACAGCUGAUGAGGGCGACUUCGUGCGUAUGUUGGAGGGGAUGGGCUGCACCGUGGAAAUGGUUCGUGGGAGUGUGACGAACCUGGUCGACGUCCAGCGUGCCAUCGACCAAGCCACGCCCACCAUGCCGCUGAGGGGCAUCGUGCAAAUGAGCAUGGUCUUGCGGGACCAAGCCUUCUCUCGCAUGACCAUGGAGGACUGGACGGCCGCGACGGAGCCCAAGAUGGCGGGCACCUGGCAUUUGCACCAUGCCACCACCACCGGUGCCCAACCAUUGAAGCUCGACUUUUUCCUGUUGUUCAGUUCCCUCUCAGGCAUCUUUGGCCAACCAGGACAGGCCAAUUAUGCCGCAGCCAACACCUUUCUCGAUGCCUUUGUGCUCUACCGCACGGGUCUCGGUCUCCCAUGUACCGCCAUCGACCUGGGUGCCGUGCAGGGCGUCGGCUAUCUGUUUGGGAACAAAGAUACGCUACGGAAACUCCAGGGUUCGGGGUGGCACGCAGUGACCGAAGAAGAGCUGUUGGAAGCAUUCAGCGCCGCCAUCUCCACCGCUCAGCCUCAGCCCUCCAAGGAGACUCGUACUGAUACCAUAGCCGACCCAAGGAAGAUGCUCCUGGGGACCUCGCCCACCGUUCCCCUCAGCAGCCCGGACAGCAGUGUACGUCUGCGUCAUGAUGCCCGCCUGGCAGUUUACCAAAACAUGCACAGUGGUGUGAAUGAGCCAGGCCAAACUUUGGGCAAGGAGGUUGGAAGUUUGCAGACGCUCCUGAACACCAUCAAGACGAAUGUAUCAGUACUUAGAGUGGCCACCACGGCAACCUUGCUUGCAAGAGAGAUUGCCAAAAAGCUCUUUGCCCUGUUGCUUAAGGAGGACCAGGAGCCAGAUAUCACAGCAGGCCUCGUCGAGUUAGGCCUGGAUUCCAUGGUUGCCGUGGAAAUGCGAGCAUGGUGGAAGACCGUGUUUGGACUGGAUAUUAGUAUCUUGGACAUGAUGGCCAUGGGAACGCCAGAGGCCCUGGGUAAGAGGGCAUCCAAUGAACUAGCUGAUAUAUAUGGCGUGUAG